AUGAACCAAGUCAUCGAAUAUGGUUCCAUUGCGUCCAUUCCAUUGUAUAACUGUAGUGCUCACCAGCCUGAAAACUGGUACCAGAAAGAUAGUGUCCCGCGGCCGAUUCUAGGCCUGACAGAAGGUAUUUGCGGAAUCAUCAUUGAGAUUCUCUACUUCCCUAUGCUUGCUGUUAUGCUUGAAAAAGAGCAAUUCAGUAUGUCCUGUUAUAAAAUAAUGACCCUUUUGGCAAUUGUGGAUAUCUUAUCAAUUCUCUGCAAUUGUAUCAUCACCGGAUGGCUCGCCUACAAGGGUGCCGUAUACUGUACCUACCCAACUUUGACCUACAUCUCCGGAAUGGCUGGAAUGGGGUUGUGGUGUUGCUCGUGCGUGAUCGCUGUAAUCCUGGUUACCAAUCGACUAUUGGACCUCAUUCUUCCCAACCAUGGAUCUUUUAUUUUUGGAGGAUCCCGCAUUUAUUUCGUUUUGAUGAUUCCAAUUCUGUAUGGAUUAUACUUUGUGUUUUUCAACACUCCUAUCUUGUUCACUUCGAAAUAUCAUGCCUGGUUUGUGGAUCCUAUGAUCUUUGAAGGCAAGGAAACAGAGUACGCCAACAUCCCGCACAUCUUCAACAACUUUCUCGUCGUUGCAUCUACUACAUUUCUCUACGCUGUUUUUUGUUGGGCACUUUGCUCAAAGUUGAAGAACACAGACAUCCGAUCGGAAUCUCGCAGUGCUAGUACGCAAAUAUUUUUCCAAUCUGCUAUGAUUUGUGCUGUGAACAUGUUGGCUGCUAUAAUUUACGUUAUCAUGAACUAUAUAGUAAUACCGUAUUGGAUGAUACUGCUUGGAACUUUUAUGUGGCAACUUGGAAACGGUGCUCCAGUUUUUAUUUAUUUAAAGUUCAAUAAAACAUUGAGAAAUGGACUUUUGAGAAAAAUUGGGCUCAAGAAACCCAAAAUAAAGGGUCGCACAAAUUAUAGCUCUUCACAAGUCGCUCCACCUCAACCGUCAGCGUUUUAA